GGUUAGGUCAGCCCAGAGUUAACAUCGUUCUCCGAUGGUCGUCCGCUCCGUAAUCGGCGCACCUUCGCUCGCGGCUUCUCGCUCGUUCGCGUGAUCGGUCCACUGCCCGGUGAUCGGCUCAGAACGCCGUUGCAAGUGCGCCCGCGGUCCCGGGUGUUCUCGACCCACCUUGGAGCGCGCAAGUCACCUGUGCCGGAUCGUCGAGCGCCCGCUCGCGCCGGAGACUCGCCGCUCCGCUUUCGCGCGAGGCGGAAACGAGACGAGGUCCGCUGCGCCGGCUUUUGUUUCUCGCCGCGAGUGACAUCCACGUUGCGCCCCGGGGGGAAGCGGGCGGAAUGUCAAAGUGAGGACGGAGCCCGCGCGGAUCCUAAGCAUGGCACUGUCCCGGCCGUGCGAAAUGCAGAUUUACGCAGGACUCCUGAUCGAGCAACAGCUGGGCAUGAUGCAGGACCCCGAAAACAGUACUCAGCUCGAGAAAGCGCAGCGAAAGAUGUUCAGUAUGUUCAACCCCAGUUCAGGACUACCGAGGAUGACUGUCGAGGAACAGCUGAUUGCAAAUCAAGCGACACUAGCUCUGAUGACGGCGAGACUUCCUAUAUCGUUACACGCCACCCUCACCUCCUCCCCGGCGCUCUACCAGCAGUUCGGAUGCGGUAGUUGGAUGCCGCGAAUCGCAUCCUCGCCGCCCUCCAUUCUGCCGAUGCCAGAAGCGUCGUCGGUCCCCAACACGAAGCCCGCGUCUCGGCGCAACAACAAUAACAACAAUAAUAAUAAUAAUAACAAUAACGACAACAAUGACAACAAUAACAUGACGAGCAACGACGAUGAUAGGAUUGUCAGGAGGGGUCGCGCCGCCAAGAGAAAACUGACCAAAUUGAAAGCGGAGACCGCGGUAGAAGGUGCAGACCCAGUCAGUCCUUCCGUCAGUCCCGAGACGGCCAAGGAUAGCAAAGAUAAGGUCUUCACCUGUGGCGUGUGCCAGAGAUCCUUCGGAUAUAAGCACGUACUGCAGAAUCACGAACGUACGCAUACGGGCGAGAAACCUUUCCAGUGCCAGGAAUGCCAAAAAAGAUUUACACGGGACCACCACUUGAAGACGCACAUGCGACUCCACACGGGCGAGAAACCCUACAAAUGCAAAUACUGCGACCGAAAGUUCGUUCAAGUGGCGAAUCUCCGUCGCCACUUACGCGUACACACGGGCGAGCGUCCGUACCGCUGCGACGCGUGCCCGUCCACAUUUAGCGACUCGAAUCAGCUGAAGGCGCACAUGCUGAUACACAACAACGAGAAGCCGUUCGAGUGCGAGAGCUGUCAAAUGCGGUUCAGACGGCGGCACCACUUGCAGCAGCACAAAUGCAGCAACAGCGCGGCGCAGGAGUCACCGCCGGAGGCCGAGUCACCCCCGUCGUUGAACAGCGACGAGCUCGACUCGGAGGAGUAUGUCGACGUUGACGCCGACGUGGACAUCGACGGGGAGCAGGCGCCGGAGGAAGAAUCGGAGGGACUCACCAGGAAGUACAUCGUGCCGGCCAACCGACUGGCUCAUCUCCGAAUGAACCCCGGCCGCGACAUAUACUCGGCCGCGAUCGCGCUGAAUCCUACCCCCAUAGGUUUCCCGGUGCAAACGGAACCCGAGGACCUGUCCAUGAACAAGUCGUCCUCGCGCAGAUCACACUCGGGCGGCAGUAACAACUCGUCGCUAAACGCCGACAUCAGUAACGAGACCAACCUCGAGGAAGACGACGACGAGGAGGACGAGGCCGCCACGUUCCUGAGGCGUUCCCGUGCCCAUCGUCAGCGGAUAGCCACCGACGGCGAUCACGUCUCCUAGUGAAGCCUCAGCGGUACGUAGAGAAAAUUGCGUAAAUGACGUUGCCGCGUCGCUCCCGACACCACUGGGCGAUGCGGUGAGGGCGUUCUUUACAUAUUCUCUCUUGUAUAAGGCUGACGUUGCCUUAUACGUCUUGCGCGUUUACGUUUAAAGCGCUCGCGAGAGAGCGCGCCCCGCCAAAUCUUUGUCGCGUACAUGGUUUCGCGCCGGAGAAGAGUUGGGAGCGGAGAAGAGGAAGAAAGAGAGGAAAAAAGGGGAUAAUAAGAGGAACUCUCGUGUUUAGUUAUUCUGCAAAUUGUCGAAAAUUGUUUAUUGAUCAAUUAUCUACUGGCGAGAUUAACAUUUACACUUGUUAUUACACACCUUGAUCUAGCAAUGGUGUCUAUUGAUUUAGUUAUUCUGUUAAUGUCUUUUGCUCGACAACCGAUGAAAAACCUUGAUGUAGGUCUAUACCAUUAUCAUUAUCUCUAUUUAUCCUCACGUGCGGACGCGCCUUGCGUCGACGAAAGAAGAUGAAUAUAGCUGUUUGAUAUACUGGUACAAGUUCCUCUGACAGUGAAAAGUAGCGGGGAAAAGUGACGUCCACUGUCCGUCGGUCCACUGUCGCUGUCGCGGGUGUCGCGAUUUCUCCGGCGCGUACCGCGAGGACACGCAUAUUCUUCGUCUCAUGUUCUCCAUCAUCUCUGUCUAACUGUACCUAUAUCAAGUUUCUUAUCACAUUAUCCUUUUUUCCUUCCUUUUCUCCUUUUUCUCCGCUUCCGACUCUUCUUCGGCGCAAACUAUGCACGCGACGGACUUGGCGGCGCGUACUUGUUCGCGGGCGCUUUAAAUUUGAUCGUGCUCGAUCCGUGUGACGGCCCCUCUCGUAUCCAUAAUCUAGAUCACGCGCAAACGUAUAAGGCGACGGUGCCUUACAGAGAUAACGUCGUGUAAAUAACACCCUUACCGCAUCGCCCGAUAAUGUCGAGGGCGACGCAGUAACGGCAUUGUUUACGCAAUUUUCUCUACAU